UUGAGUUCAGGGAAACUGAAACGGAUGGGCUGUUGUGGGUUUCGUCUUCCUCUUUGUGGGAACAUACAGUGAAAUGGCAGAAGCGAGUAUUUCAGUGAUUCAGGAUCAGUUCAUCUGUUCAAUCUGUCUGGAUUUACUGAAGGAUCCAGUGACCAUUCCCUGUGGACACAGUUACUGUAUGAGCUGUAUUACAGACUACUGGGAUCAAGAUGACCAGAAGAGAAACUACAGCUGCCCUCAGUGCAGACAGACCUUCAAUACAAGACCUGAUUUAAAUAAAAACACCAUGCUGGCUGAAGUGGUGGAGAUGCUGAAGAAGAAAAAACUACAAGCUGAUCGUCCUGAUCACAGUUAUGCUGAAGCUGGAGAUGUGAAGUGUGACGUCUGUACUGAGAGAAAACACAAAGCUGUAAAGUCCUGUCUGAUGUGUCUGAACUCUUACUGUCAAACGCACUUUGAACGUCAUGAAGAACUUCAGUCAGGAAAGAGACACAAAGUGAUAGACGCCACUGGACGACUUCAGCAGAUGAUCUGCCCUCAACAUGAGAAACUUUUAGAGAUUUACUGUAAAACUGAUCAGCUCUGUAUAUGUUAUCUGUGUAUGGUGGAUGAACACAAUGAACAUAAGACUGUAUCAGCUGCAGCAGAGAGGACUGAGAAACAGAAAGAAGUGAAGGAGAUGAAGAGAAAAUACCAGCAGAGAAUCCAGGAAAGCCAAAAGAAGCUUCAGGAGCUGAGAGAUGCUAUGGAGACUCAUAAGUGCUCUGCACAGACAGCAGUGGACGACACUGAGAGGAUCUUUACUCAACUGAUCCAAUCCAUUGAGAGAAGACGAUCUGAGGUGACACAGCUGAUCAGAGAUCAGGAAAAGACUGCAGUGAGUGAAGCUGAAGGACUCUUGAAGCGACUGGAGCAGGAGAUUGAUGAUCUGAGGAGGAGAGACGAUGAGCUGGGGCAGCUUUCACACACAGAUGAUCACAUCCAUUUCCUCCAGAGUUUCCAGUCUCUCUCUGUUCCUCCUGGAUCUACAGACUCACUCAGCAUCACUGUCAGCUCUCUCCUCUCUGAUGUAGGAAAAACUGUGUCUCAUCUGAGAGAGAAACUGGAGGAUUUCUGUAGAGAAGACAUAGAGAAGAUAUUUGAUAAAAGUAAAGCACCUGAACCUGAGACCAGGGAGCAGUUCCUAAAAUAUUAUCAUCACUUCACUGCAGAUCCAAACACAGCACAUCAACUUCUCCGUCUGUCUGAGGGGAACACAGUGAUUACUAACACUGACACAGACACAGAGCAGCAGUAUCCUGAUCAUCCAGACAGAUUUGAUAGUUGUUAUCAGGUGUUGUGUAGUGAGAGUUUGAGUGGACGCUGUUACUGGGAGAUUGAGUACAGUGGUUGGGUGUUAAUAUCAGUGUCAUAUAAGAGCAUCAGGAGGAAGGGAGGUGAUGAGUGUUGGUUUGGAUAUAAUGAUCAGUCCUGGAGUUUGCGCUGCUGUGGCUCCAGUUGUUCAUUCUGGCACAAUAAGAUUGAGACUGAACUCCCUGAAGAUUUCAGAUCUUCUAGAAUAGGAGUUUAUGUGGAUCACAGUUCAGGAUCUCUGUCCUUCUACAGCGUCUCUGACACAAUGACCCUCAUCCACAGAGUCAACACCACAUUCACUAAACCUCUCUAUCCUGGGUUUAAUGUUUGUGAAUCAGUGGAACUGUGUGAUCUUGUAUAGAUGAUACAGAGAGUCUACAAAUAAUUUUGUCAUAUUAUAAGUCUGAACAUGAUGAAUCAACAACAAAGAAAUAAUAAGUCUUUCAUUUACUAAUUAGUAAUUUCAAAUAAUUGAUUGUAAUGUUAUAUUUUAAUAAUUGUAUUUUGUCUUGUCAAACAGAGGUAGCUGUACAGUAGUUAUUCAGUUAAUAUUAUUCAUCUACAGCCGUGUAUUCUUUUAUGUGUACAAACCACUAUGAUUAAAAUGUUAUACAACCCACAAAAAUAUUUGGGUCUAUAUUUGGAAUAAGACAAGCAUUUAAUUUUGACAUUUAGUUUGACAUUAGUUUAAUAAAGCAAUAAGCCCCAAGAAGCAGUGGAUUACCAGUGCAUUUUACAACAGCUAUGGGGCGUUGUAAACCCCCUUAGCUGUUAUAAAAUGCACUGUAACCCCACUGCUUCACAGGGGUUAUUGCUUUUAUAAAACGGUUACUUCAUAUGCAUUACGUUAGCGGGAUUUUAUAAAAUAAAACACAAAUAAGCUGUAAUUAUAUUAGUACAAAUAUUACUCUUCUGCCAAACAAAGUAGUUUCUCAGAAUCAAGAGUGGCUGCAAUAGAGCGCAGUUCCCAACCAACCAGCAAAGACACAAUGAAAAUAUGAUUUAAGACUGUGGUGUUAUUUUAAAAACCAACAUUCAUCUAAUUUAUACAUUAACAUUUAUAUCGUGCAACUGUUGAAGUGAUUUUGAAGUUGAAGUUUUUUUUUUAAGUUGCCACCCAGUUUUAGUUAAUGCCUUGCAGAAACAUUAUCUUCUUUAAAUAAACAUAAAAUAUCAAAUGAAAGAACAGACCAUCCACUUUCAAACAACAACAAAAAACCGUUUCAUCCUACCUUCAUUUGUUCUCUUAUCACCUCUCAGAUUUUUUAGCUAAAAGCUGAGAUAAUUCCAUUUUUGUGAAUAACUUUUGUAAGAGAUCAGAUUCAGAGCCUGAUCAAAACACACUGUUUUUAGUGUUGAGUGAAUGCGUCAGUGUUUAAGUUGGGUAAGAUCGCCACCCAGUGGAUAGCAGAAAUAUGACUUCGAGGUAUAAACUCCUCAGCGAACAUUUUCUCUUUAUUGAUUAGAUGACUCAACAAUAUUUAUUGACAUGUAUCUGGAUAUCGCCAUAAUUGUGCAAUUGUAUACAAAUUAAAAAUAUGAUUUAAGACUGUGAUGUUUAUUUUCAUAAAUCAGUACGCAGCAACAGUGGCGCAGUGAUACUUAUGUAAUGCGGUCUGAACCGUGGGUUUACCGGUGUAUUUUAUCACGGCUUAGAAAGCUUUUCAACCAAUCAGAAUAAAGAACCAGAACUGCCCGUUUUAUAAUACAAAUUAUAUAAUACUAAAUAUUCAGCAGUGGAUACUAAACAUUUCUAACAAUAUGUUUAAAG